AUGCUCUCUGUCCGAUCAAUUUGGCCGGGUCGAAGAGCAAUCAUGGAUCCCCUCAUAGCUGUUGUUGGGGCCACGGGCACGGGUAAAUCCAAGCUCGCGGUAGACUUGGCCUCACGAUUCAACGGUGAAAUCAUCAAUGGCGAUGCGAUGCAGAUGUACCGUGGCUUGCCUAUCAUCACCAACCAGAUUCCCCCGGCCGAACAAAAUGGCAUCCCCCACCACUUGCUGAGCUGCAUUGACCUUGAGGCCGUGGCAUGGCGGAUCGGCAAAUUCAAGAACGAAACCCUUCGGCUCAUCCACGAUAUCCGGUCGCGCGGAAAGCUGCCCAUCUUAGUCGGGGGUACCCACUACUACACGCAAGCGGUGCUUUUCAAGGAUCAACUGGUGGGGGAAGGCCCCAACGAUGAAGACGGAUUUGAACCGACGGAACUCGACUCGACCUCGGACAAAUGGCCUAUCCUCGAUGCUCCGCCCGAGAUUCUCUUACAGAAACUUCGCGAGGUGGACCCAGUCAUGGCAGAGCGAUGGCACCCGAAGGAUACGCGGAAGAUCCGGCGAUCGUUGGAGAUCUAUCUGCAGAGAGGGCGACCAGCCUCGGAAAUAUACGCGGAACAAAGUCGCCUGAAGCGAGAGGCGGUUCAAAAUAGUAACGGGCUGCUACGGUUCGAAAAUACAUUGAUCUUUUGGGUGCAUGCGGAGAAAGGGGUUCUGGAUACGCGCUUGAAUACGCGCGUCGACAACAUGAUCGAUCAGGGCCUGAUGUCGGAAGCACAGACAAUGUCGGAUUAUAUCCACAAGAAACAGUCGCAGGGCAUCCAAGUCGAUCACACCCGCGGCGUCUGGGUAUCGAUCGGCUUUAAAGAAUUGGAGCCCUACUUCACGGCACUUCGGCAAGCCGACGUCAGCCAAGAGGAGCUUGAGGAUCUGAGGCAGCCUUGUAUCGAAUCCAUCAGGAGCGCUACACGGCAAUACGCUGUGUCUCAGAUUAAAUGGAUUCGAAAUAAACUGUGGCGCGCGCUGUUGGAAGCCAACCGCACUGAUCGUCUCUUUCUCCUCGACAGCAGCGACAUCAACGACUGGAAGAAAUGCAUCGCGGAACCGUCUGAGAAGCUUGUGCAGUGUCUGCUCCACAAUGAGCCUCUUCCCGACCCCAAAUCGCUGUCAGAAUUGGCAAGAGCGGUGUUAGGCGCUAGAGAAGACCAGGGGGACGAUCAGCCAUCCAAGUGCUACACUUGCGAUGUCUGCCGUAAGACGAUGGCGGGCGAGGCGCAAUGGAAGAUCCACUUGAACGGACAUGGCCAUAAACGAGCCCUCAAGUCUGCCGCCAAACGAGCUGAACGAGACGCUUAUUUUCAACGACAGUCUCAAAAGGCUUGA